AUGGAGCGCGGGACAGCGGGUUCAUCAAAUCCCCCUCCUCUUUCAACUGCAGAUGGGAAGCCAGAUGACCCCCCCCUGCCUUCAAAGACGGCACCUCCAAGUUAUCUUCGGAGGACUUUCUACGAUGCGGUCGUUCCGGAACUUCCGAAGGUCACUCAUCCGCUGGAAUACGCCCGCAUUGCAUACAAGGUUUUGUACCGAGAGUAG